UCUUGCAAUGUCUGCUGAUUAUGUACAUCGAAGUGCAAUGGGGAAAUCAACAGAAGCCAGUGCAAUCUAUUCAAUUACUAAUAGUGGGUCUUGCUUUUGUGGCUUAAUAAUUCCAAUUAUUGCUACGCCGAGGAGCCGAGAAGCAGUAUAAUUAAUACUUGGCAACUAUGCUGAAGGAAGUUUACUGAACUUGAUUUGAAAUAAUAUACUAAGCUAUUGGCUGGAUUUUGAAAGUGUAACAUUUAAGCAAUCAAGCAUUUAAUUUGGUAAUUUUGGUGCAGUCAAAUGCUUUGUGACACUUUCAAUUAGGCGCCAAUAUUUACGAUAACGCCGUUCGCUCCUAUUAUUUUCCAAUAGUCAGGGUACAUUUUCUGGUUGAAAUACUUCUCAAAGAGUUGCUAAUCACGCUGCCGACAUAUUGAAAGACCAGAUGGUUGAUUAGUCAAAAUUGUUUUGAGUAUGGGGAUUAAUCAAAUUUUAUGUAGGCAGAUUAGAUUGUCGUCUUGGGAACUGAUCUUUUAUAGUGGUUGACAAUAAAAUUGCACUGCAAAUGCUACUUUAAGCACACAUGCUAUAUAACCGAUAAGAUGGCGAGACUCAAGGCAAAAAUAGUUGACCGCUUUAAUAGUCUAAUCAGCUAGUUUCAAGUAAUUUAUAGAUCGAAUUAAGGGGCACUCUGUAGUUUUAUUAAAUACUUUAAAACUCAUUAACCAAACUGUAUCUCUAAAAUAAAAUAAACAUUUAAUUAAUUUAUUUAAACGCCUUCAUUGAACUUCGGAUAUUAGAUUUUGGAUACUCCUUAACACCUUGUACCAUGUAUCUCUAAAUCUGAUUUAGUUACCAAGUGAUAUAUACCAAGUAUGUGGCAGCCUGAAGUAGCUACUACCGUUAGUCUGGCUGAUUACCUAGAAGCAAUAGCUGGAAUAAUAAACUAAGUGCAGCGUUUUGCAUUUAUCAGGAUUUUCGGUACUCCAAACACACACUUAUCACCCAAUCACCCACCCCUGUAUCAGUUGAGCAAAGCGAACCAAGCUAACUACGACAGUACACAUGCUGAUUAGCCGCUGCUGUAUUUACUAGUGGAUAAUCUAUUAGGCGGUGCAUGAAUAAAAACUCUGGUGCUAUUUUUCCACAUCGCAGUCGCUCGAAAGCCUUUGUUUCGUCUCAAUAUGUGCUGCAGCUGCUGUGGGGUGACCCAACAAAAGGUCUGGGUCUUCGGUCUGGGAACCUUUUUCGCGGUCUUCGGUCUCCUGGCAAUAAUAUGCUGGCCUGGCUUUAUAGACUCGGAGAUUAUGAAGGCCUUGCCGCUGACACCCACUUCGAAGACUUUCGAAAAAUGGGAGGAGCUGCCCAUUCCAGUGUAUGUCUAUAUGUAUCUUUGGAACUGGACCAAUGCCGAAGAUGUGCAGGCUAAUGGAGUAAAACCUGCUUUCGCGCAACUAGGACCCUAUGUUUAUCGAGAGGAGAGGAAGAAGAUGGAUCUUGAGUGGCACGACAAUGGAACAGUGACCUUUAACCCCAGGAGAACUUGGUUCUGGGAGGAGGAGCUCUCCGGCGGCAAACAAACAGAUUUAAUUACGGCCCCACACUUGCCUUCUUUGGCUGCUUCAAACCAAAUGCGGAACAGCAACGUCUUCCUGAAAAUCAUGUUCAACGAGGCUCUAAAUGCGAAUGGGGGACAUCUCUUUGUGACCCACACGGCAUCUGAAUGGCUGUUCGAAGGUUUCUUCGACGAGUUUCUGAAUUACUCCAUGUCACUGAAUAACCCAUUGGCCCCAGAAAUCGAGUCGAAUGAGUUUGCCUGGUUCCUCAACCGUAAUGGGUCAAAGGACUUCGAGGGUCCCUUCACUGUUCACACCGGAGUGGGUGACAUCAAGGAGAUGGGCGAAAUUAAGUAUUGGAAGGGUCAGAAUCACACGGGCUGGUACGAAGGAGAAUGCGGACGUCUCAAUGGCAGCACAACAGACCUUUUUGUGCCCGAUGAGCCCAAGGAGAAGGCUUUGACCAUCUUUAUUCCGGACACUUGUCGGAUCAUAAAUCUCGAGUUUACAGGACAGAGCGAAACGAUCCAGGGCAUCAAGGGAUGGAAGUACGAAAUAACACCGAGCACUUUCGACAAUGGACAGCUCAAUGGUAACGCGAGGUGCUGGUGUCCUUUGGAAAGCCAACCAGAUAAUUGCCCUGCCAGCGGAGCCACUGACUUAGGACCCUGUGCCAGUGGAGUUCCCAUGUACCUAUCUGCGGAUCACUUUUUGUACGCGGACGAAAGUUAUGGCAGCACGAUUAACGGAUUCAAUCCCAAUUAUGAUCAAAACAACUUUUAUAUGAUCAUGGAGCGCAAGAUGGGAGUGCCGUUGAAGGUCAAUGCCAAUGUGAUGAUUACCUUGUACAUACAGCCAGACAGCAUUAUAGACAUACUGAAGGGCCUUCCAAGUUUCUAUGCACCACUUUUCACCACUGCUAGUCGAGCCGAAAUCGACGAAGCUCUUGCCUCAGAACUCAGGUUGGCGCUCAAUCUGCCCGCUAUAGGGAGAUAUACUGGAGUGGGAUUCCUGUGCCUGGGCUGCAUUCUUAUAGCAGUUGGCGUCUUACUUACCAUUAAAAGGAAGUGGUAUGGUCAGGCAGAGAUGGACAAACUGGUUCUGAAGGAUAACGAGGAAACUCCAGAUGAACCGGAAAUAGCGGCCAAUGUGGUUGAACGAAACUUGUAAUUUAUUAAUAACAUUUUUCACUGAUGAUAAGCA